ACAUGGACUUCAAUGGCAACAGGGCUAGCUCUCAAUGGAAGAGGAGACGAAACACCGAACCUUCUGAACCGAAUGGCGGAAUCUGGGAUUAAACCAAACGAAAUCACUUUCACUAGCUUGCUUUCGGCGUAUCGACAUAUAGGUCUUGUUCAAGAAGGAAUCGAGUUGUUCAAAAGCAUGCAGACAAGAUUUGGUAUCAAACCGGUUAUUCAACACUAUGGAUGCAUAGUAGAUCUUCUUGGUAAAGCAGGGAGGAUACAAGAAGCUUAUGAGUUUGUUUUAGGUAUGCCUAUAAAACCCGACGCUAUCUUGUUAAGAAGUCUCUGCAAUGCCUGCAAUAUCUAUGGAGAGACUGUAAUGGGUGAAGAGAUCGGAAAGGCUCUCCUCGAGAUGGAACAAGAGGAGAAGAAGAACCUUUCGUUUUCAAGUUCUGAAUGUGAAGAUUAUGUCGCUUUAUCGAAUGUGUUAGCUCAUAAAGGGAAAUGGGUAGAGGUAGAGAAGCUGAGGAACGAGAUGAAAGAAAGAAGAAUAAAA